UAAAAUUCUCUUGGACAAUUACCUCCAUGACUGCCGAACUCAAACGAAAACGAGCAGAAGGCUCAAGCUCCCGUAAGGAAACUCUCUCCAACCAACCUAAAUGAUGAUAUCUCUGCGCAAGAAGAAAAUGUCGAGGAAAACGACAACGAUAUGGAUCACAAUGAAGACGAGGAAUGGGGAGGCGUUCACCACGAAGGACAAGAUCGCGGGAAUCCUGGAGAAAAACCAUCAAAACCUACAGGAGAAGAGAUUCGUGCCAUUAAAGAUGCAAGUGACUUGUUUCGCUCAAAUACGUUCAAGUUGCAGAUUGACGCGCUCUUACCGAAUGUACAACCAAAAUCAAAACGGAAACCUCCAUUGGAGCGUUUCCUGCUUUCCCUACACACAUUCCUCUCCAAUCUCCCCGAUCUUCCUCCAAAACACCCCUUGGAAGCAGCUAGGACUUUACUAAGGAAGGGUGUAUCUGUGCCAUAUCCGACUCCGCUUCCGACUGAAGAGACGCAGUGGAAAGUCGCUUUUGGUAGUCCGAGUGAUAUCACGCUUAUUGGAAGUUGGGCAAAUAAGACUUCAGUCAAGGGUCAGGGUGGGUCCAAGUAUGGAGUUGAUCUAGCUGUGGAGAUGCCUUCCAACCUUUUUCAAGAAAAAGAUUAUUUGAAUGGCCGAUUCUUCCAUAAAAAGGCUUUUUAUCUCGCGACAAUAGCUGCAGCUAUUGCCAGUCCUAAAAGUGGAUUGAACGUCGAUGUGUCGUAUAUCUCCACAAACGACGACCCUCGUUUAACAAAAUUGGUUUUAGAACCAAGAGCUGAUGAGUCUCCGACUGAUUUCACUCGAUUAAAUGCACGAAUAUACAUUGUACCUACAGUCUCUUCCACCGAUUCGCCAAUUCCCCAUCAUCGAUUAUCCCCUGCACACUCCAAUAUCCGGAUUAUGCAUGAGUCGCCAUCAACUUCAUCAUUAGAGAACUCGACAAAAGUACCCUCACCGUUGUACAACACCGCCCUGCUCACCUCAUUCAUCCCAAAAUCAUAUCUACUCUCUGUACAUGCUAUACAACAGGUCGUCCCGGCGUUCAACGAUGCCCUUGCUUUACUUCGUGUGUGGGCAAAUCAGAGGGGGUAUGGAGAGAGCGGAGAAGGCGUUUCUGUACAAGGAUUCGACGGUAAGGGACCCUGGUGGGCCGCCCUGUUGAUGUAUCUGGUUUUGGGUGAAGAAACGACUAGUGCUGGACGGAAAUUUGGGGGACGAGGGAAAAAAAAACAGCUAGGAAAAGGGUUAAGCUCGUACCAGCUCUUCAGAGCAGCAUUGGAUUUUCUGGCUAAACACGACUUUGAGAACGAACCGGUGUUCGUAAAAGCUGAAGGAGGACAUCGAUACACUUCGGAUGAAUACUCGUCUACACACGACGUUGUCUUUGUCGAUUCGUCGUCUACAGUGAAUCUUCUCGCAGGUGUUCAUCCAGGCUCUAUGAAACUCUUGGGCAUCGAUGCGCGAAGGGCUCUUGAAACGCUGAACAGCAGUUCAGCUAGUUCAGGCGACCCGUUUCCGGAGGUUUUUCUGAGCGACCAUAGGGAUUUACAAACACGAUUCGAUCUUGUGAUACACGUCGACCUUUCCACUGCUAAACCCCGAUCACCUAAUUAUCAUGAAACCCUUGACUCUGGCUCAGCCUCCAACGCUACUUUAUCAUCUAUAUCAUCUGUCCUCACACAAGCUCUGGGGGACCGUGUUAGGGUGAUUGCGAUCUUACAUCCAACACCUAACACUAGACCAUUAUCCCAAGCACAUCCAUCGACAUCGCACAUCAUUCAUAUCGGACUCAUAUACAAUCCCGUUCAUGCCUGGCGACAAGUUGACCAUGGUCCGAAUCCCGCAUCGGAUCCGGACCCAGUCGCUGUAGAGCAGUUUCGCGAAUUCUGGGGUGAUAAGGCGGAGCUGAGGAGGUUCAAGGAUGGGAGUAUAGUGGAGAGUGUGGUGUGGGAUGUGAAAACUAUUGAUGAGAAAACGUUGAUACCGAGGAGGAUCGUGGCGUUCGUGUUAAAGAGACAUUUCGGGAUUGGGGAGGAAGGUGUGAGGGGAUGGCAGGAAGGGUUCGACGGGGUGUUGAGGCUUCCUGAGUCAGUGUCGAGGUUUUAUGUCGGGGAGAAUGGGUUGGGGGUGGGGGUAGGAUUCAAAGCUGCACUCGGAGCGUUUGAUGGGGUGGUUAAAGCUAUCAAAGUGCUUUCCUCGGAUGAAGGGGGGAACGACGCGUUACCGUUGUCAGUCAUGAACAUCAGCCCUACCUCAGAAUUUCUGAGAUACACAAGUGUCUUCAGCCCCGUUCCUCUCCCGGAUUCCAUUGCGUCGGUUCUAUCUAUGAAUACGCGGUAUUUGAACCCGAUAGAGUUUGUGAUCGAGUUUGAGAGGAGCUCAAGGUGGCCGGAUGAUUUGAGGGCAGUACAGAAAGUGAAAUUGGCGUUCUUGGAGAAGAUUGCGAGGGGUUUAAUGGGCAGGGUUCCAGGGUUAAGAGCAGCUGUUAUAGUGGGUGAUGCUGCUGGGACGGACGACAUGAAUGAUGUUGCCAGAUUGGAAAUUGUUACGGAGGAAGGAUGGGCAUUCGUUGGAAGGAUAUGGCAUGACCGGGAAGCAGUUUUGCUUGAUCGUAUCAUCAAUAACACGGCUUCGACGUUGCCGCAUGUUACCCGCAAGGACAAAUCUCAAUCACAACGGCAAGGAAAAGAUUAUCAUACGGCGAUUCAAGCUCGGGAAUCUUAUACGCGACUUUAUAUCCACGCACCGAUGCACCAUCGGGCGAUUGCGAAGCUGUGUCAUCAUUUCCCAGCUUUUGCGGGGACGGUGAGGAUUGCGAAGCGGUGGUUCGCUGCGCAUUGGUUGCUAGGUGGGGCUGAUGGGGGUGGGGGGUAUGUGUCGGAGGAAGCUGUAGAGCUUCUUUGUGCGAAAUUCUUUGUGAAAGAGGGCUGGGAGGCGGAGAUGGAUAGGGAUAUAGAGGAGGAGGAGAAGGAUGCGGAAAAGAUCGAGCAGAGAAAGAUGGUGGUUCCAGGGAGUAAAGAGCGUGGAUUUGCUUCUUUGAUCCAGUUCAUCAAGGAGUGGAAUUGGGAUGAGCAAGGAGAGGGUAUCUUCGUACCUCUGUACGGGUCUUCUUCUAUCCUGGGACUGAAGCAACCCAAAGCCGUGUCGUCGAUGAGCACAGGAGUGUGGAAGAUUCGAACGGCAAUGGACGAGGAGGGUUGCAUAUGGACAAUGUUUGGACCUGAUGCAAUCAUUGCGAGACGGGUGAGGGCCCUUGCGCAGGCUACGUGGGGAUGUUUAAAGGGAAUGGAGAUGAACGGGAUGAGUGGGGGAGGAAGUGUUUUGACCAUAUUCGAUCAUCCCACCGAUGACUACAAUGUUAUCAUCGACCUAGAUCGCACAAUCCUCUCGAGGUAUCAUCAGAACAUUGCACCGGAUGUAUCGCAACUUUCGCAGCUUUUACGACGAAAGAAAUCUUCAAAUGAAGAUGAGCUCGCUGCUGCCCUAGGUGGGAAGAUCAGGCCUGGGUUCGAUCCUGCGAUGCUGCUAUAUAAGGAUUUAAAGCGAGUGUAUCAGGACACCUUUCGAAUUUUUCACGAUCCUUUUGGUGGAGAUCGCUUCGGAAUUGUUUGGGAUCCUUCUCUGAAGCAGCCGCGACCUUUUAGGGUACUUGGCAGUUUCUCGUUUUGUGUCACAUCUUCUGCUGAGGCAAAGGGUAAAAAAAGUAAAGAUAAGGAUUCAGUGGUAUUGAAUGAGCAAGGUGUGCUGGGAGAGAUUGAAAGGAUGGGGAGAGGUAUCAUUAAUGGAAUAACUAUCAACGUUCAAGAGUAGCAGGAUUUUUUUGACUUGUGAUCUAUUUGGUUUGUUCCUGCAAGUUUUCUAAUU